AUGGCUACUCAUCCACUGCCUAAGGACUACGAAUUUAUCUCGCAGAUUGGCGAGGGGACCUACGGGACUGUUAGUAAGUGUUCUCUCCACGGGCAGUUGCUUGCGGUGAAACGUAUCAAGAUGGAUUCGUCCUCCAAAGGGGUUCCGGCUACGACGCUCCGCGAGGUGGCGAUUCUGAAGGCCCUCAAUGCGAAACAGCGUGAGUUGGUGGAGCAAGGAAAGCUUGAAAGUCUGUCACAGGCGAAUGUGGUUAAUCUUUUAGACGUUGUUUAUGACUUGAGCAACAUAUUUCUAGUUUUUGAGUACUGUCACGUUGACCUAGAUCAGUAUCUCAAACACAAUGUCCUGUCUCCUUACCAGAUAAAAAAGUUCAUGUACCAGCUCCUCCAGGGCCUCAGUUUGGUUCAUAAGAACGAGAUCUUGCAUCGUGACAUCAAGCCCAACAACAUCUUGUUGGCCUUUCGCGGAGAUGCAGGGGAACAAUUGGCCGCCAAUGCGUCUGUGACUACGCCGAAUCCGGACGCAGACAAUUGUGUUUUGAAGAUUACGGACUUCGGCCUUGCACGGUCAUACGGCAUAAACGUGACGUCCAUCUCGGCCAAUGUCGUCUCCCUGUGGUACCGGGCUCCCGAGCUUGUUCUAGCCUCGAAGACGUACUCCACGGCUGUCGACAUGUGGUCCAUGGGGUGCAUAAUGUACUUCCUUGCGAAUAAGAGGGCCCUGUUUCAGGUUCGAAAGGAUGCAGAUCUGCUGCAGCUGGCGUUUAGCUACUUCUAUGUCGACUCCUCUUCUAUUUCUGACCUCAUUUCUCUGCCCAACUGGAAUAUGUACGUUGGAGAGAACCAGGUCAUCGACUUAGCGGCGCUCAAUGCCCCGGGGCGCAAGCCCCGUGAGGUAGACAUUAACAUAGAUGACGUCGGUAAAGACCUCUUCUACAAGCUCCUGAUGCUGAACCCCAGCAAGCGAAUUUCGUGCGACGAAGCUCUCCAGCAUCCGUGGUUCGACGACCUAAAGAAGGGCUAG